AUGGCAACAUUGGCAAUUAACGGAGGCGAACCUGUCCGAACCGCUGGAUUCCCUACAUGGCCCACGUUUGAUCCGGCGGAUCUUGAGGCAUUUGAAACUAUCUACGAAAGUGGACAAUGGGGUGUCGGUGGGACAAGGGUUCCUGAGUUUGCACAGCAGUUCGCUAAAUUCCAAGGUGCGAACUAUGGUAUUUGCGUCAAUAGCGGUACUUCGGCACUCUAUAUCGCCCUAAAAGCGGCAGGGGUUUGCCCGGGCGAUGAAGUCAUUACCACACCGUAUACCUUUCAGGCAACGGUUGUCGCCAUUCUAAUGGCGCAUGCCGUGCCCGUCUUUGUGGACACUGCCACAGAUAGUUUUCUUCUGGAUCCGUCCAAGGUCGAAGCCGCGAUAACGGAAAAGACGAAGGCGAUUUUACCGGUUCAUAUCGCCGGGUAUCCAGCGGAUAUGGACGCGCUUAUCGACAUCGCGAAUCGGCAUAACCUGAAGAUCGUCGAAGACUGUGCGCAGGCACACGGCGCGGAAUGGCGCGGACGAGGGGUCGGCAGUUGGGGGCAUUUCGGGUGCUUCAGUUUCCAAUCAUCCAAGAAUCUUUGUGCUGGUGAAGGUGGCAUUGUCCUCAUAAACGACCGGGAACUCUACGAACGUGCUUACGCGCUCCAUAACUGCGGUCGCACCCUACCGGAUGCUGAGUUCGGAGAGGCAGAGCCUUUCGGAGGCAAUUUUCGUAUGACGGAAUGGCAAGCUGGGUUGCUCCUUUCCCGUUUGACUCGGCUUGAAGCUGAAACCAACUACCGGCAUAAGAACAUGCGGUGGUUAGAUGGUUGGUUUGGUGAGAUUCCGGGCAUUAAAGUCACGCCACUUGACCCGCGUGCCACGCGUGGCGGAUGUCACGGCUAUAAGGCGAUCUUUGAUUCCGAGGAGUUUGAAGGCAUAUCACGUGAGACGUUUCUCCGUGCAAUGCGCGCGGAAGGGAUACCGAUGGGAUAUUGGUAUACCACCCCUAUGUAUCGGGCAACCUUUCUCGCCUCUAAUCUUUUCGGUCAGGAUCUCAAUUAUGAUGGUGUGCAGUGCCCUGAAACUGAAAAGAUAUGUCAAACAGGUCUUUCUUUAAGUCAAAAUGUAUUGAUGGCGAGUGAAGAGGACAUAGAGGAUAUUAUUAAGGCGGCGAUUAAAAUCCGUCGGAACGUCGCUGAGUUAAAAUCGGAAACCUCGUAA